AUUUACAUUAGAAAUAGAAAUCUAUACAGAUUAUAAAUCAACCCUUCUCUCUCUCUCUCUCUCCCUCCACCUCGUUCCCAUUUGCCCUCUCUCAUUCUUUCUCCUAUAUAAAAGAAAAAAAAAAUGUAUGUUCUCUCAGAUUGAAAGAGAGAAAAGGAAAAGAAAAACGAAGAACAGUGUGUUUGAUGGUCGAUUAUUAUUCUUCUUCAUCGACAAGAAAAACAACAGCCAUGGCUACUUCUCCAUGCUCGAAUGCAACUGAAAAGAAACACUGGUGGCUUACCAACCGAAAGGUUGUAUAUAAGUACAUUAAAGAUGCAAGAAACUUGAUCGCAACGCAAGAACAUGGCGAUAUUGCUUCAGCUCUGAAUCUUUUAGACGCGGCCUUGGCCCUUUCUCCUCGUCUUGAAGUGGCUCUUGAACUAAAGGCUAGAUCUUUACUCUAUUUAAGGCGAUUUAAGGACGUAGCUGAUAUGCUUCAAGAUUACAUUCCAAGUUUAAAAAUGGGAAAUAAUAACAAUAGUGACGACUCGGGUUCGGUUUCUUCUGAUAGCUCUAGCUCUAGCUCGUCUCAGCAGCUUUCGAGAGAGCGAGUUAAGCUCUUGACUUCUGAUAGCUCGUCAUCAGCUGACUCAGAGGACAAAGAUCCAACUUUCAAGUGCUUCUCUGUCUCUGAUUUGAAGAAGAAAGUCAUGGCUGGCCUUUGUAAAAAUUGUGAUAAAGAAGGGCAAUGGAGGUACUUGAUCUUAGGCCAAGCUUGUUGCCAUCUUGGACUAAUGGAGGAUGCCAUGGUCCUACUCCAAACAGGAAAACGCCUGACAACCGCCGCAUUCCGACGUGAAAGCAUUUCUUGGUCUGAUGAUAGCUUCUCUAUUUCUAACUUCCCACUAUCAAGCGAUAUCAGCACCUCGUCAGCACCACCAACACCACCUCGAACAUUGUCGGAAUCCGAAAGCAUUUCUCAGCUCUUGUCGCACAUCAAAUUGCUCCUCCGCCGUCGUGCCGCCGCGAUUGCCGCACUUGACGCAGGCCUCUAUGCGGAGGCUAUCCGCCACUUCAGCAAGAUCGUAGAAGGCCGUAGAGGGGCCCCACAAGGAUUCUUGGCAGAGUGUUACAUGCAUAGAGCUUUUGCAUAUAAGGCAUCGGGCAGAAUUGCAGAAUCAAUUGCUGAUUGUAACAAGACCUUAGCUCUUGACCCCACUUGCAUUCAAGCACUUGAAACCAGAGCCUCACUUUUAGAAACAAUCAGAUGCUUGCCUGAUUGUCUACAUGAUCUUGAACACUUGAAACUCUUAUACAAUUCAAUCCUGAGAGAUAGGAAACUUCCAGGUCCUGCCUGGAAAAGGCAUAACGUAAGAUACAGGGAAAUUCCUGGGAAACUUUGUGCAUUAACAACCAAGAUUCAAGAAUUGAAACAAAGGGUUGCUUCUGGUGAAACAGGAAACGUCGAUUAUUAUGCACUGAUCGGUUUGAGACGUGGGUGUUCGAGAUCUGAAUUGGAAAGAGCUCACUUGUUGCUGGUAUUAAGGCAUAAACCUGAUAAAGCUACGAACUUUAUGGAAAGGUGCGAGUUUGCAGAUGAUAGGGACCUUGAUUCCGUUAAAGAUAGAGCUAAAAUGUCUGCAUUGUUACUCUAUAGAUUGCUACAAAAGGGUUAUUCAAGCUUAAUGGCUACAAUCAUGGAUGAAGAGGCAGCGGAGAAACAAAGAAAGAAAGCUGCAGCUGCUUUGCAAGCAGCACAAGCUGCAAUUCAAGUCCAGCAGCGAACAACUCAGAAUCCCAGACCUGAAUCAUCUAAGGUGGAGAAAUCCAGUUCCCAAAGGAUCAAUUCAAACGAAAAUAAACCAGCGGCAGUGAAAACGCCUUCAGGAACCACAAAUCAAUCAGUUUUUCAAGGCGUAUUUUGCCGUGAUCUUGCUACAGUUGGGAAUUUACUAUCUCAAGCUGGCUUCAACCGCCCAGUUCCAGUCAAAUACGAAGCACUGAGAUGCUAAGUACAAAACCCCCAGAAAAGGAAAAAAAAAAAAAAGCCAAAAGAAAAAAUCAAAUCUUUUUGAGAUGUAACCGGCGGGAGAAUCUCUGGUUCAUUUUGUACAAAAAAUAUAUAUAUAAAAUUUUAGACCGCCGGAAAAUUUUGUCA